AGCCAAUGCUCUUUGGUUACACUGAGAAAACAUAAAUUUUGUGGACUGUUUUAUUGCAUGACUAAACAAAAUACCACGCUUAAAUUUUCGGCUUUUUGCAAUGAUCUAUCUUUUCUUUUUUGAACUCUUUUAUUCUAUCGUAGCUUCAUAAAUUAUUUGCUAACUACCCAUGUCCUCUUCAGCAAGCAAAGUAAACGAACGUGCAACUCAAAUCUUCAGUCAUCUGGCUCAAAUAACUCCUUCACUCAAGGACAAAGUUUGUAUUGUCACUGGAGCUGGUUCGAUUUAUGGCAUUGGCCGUUCUGCUGCUAUCAGUCUUGCUAAACGCGGCCCUCGUGCCAUUUAUGUCACAGAUCUAACGCUAGACAACCUUGAUGGCCUUGUAAAAGUGAUUCAAUCUACCUUUCCUGGUGUCGACUGCAUUGCUCGCGCUGUUGAUGCUGCAUCUACGGAUGCUGUACGCGGCAUUAUCGACGAAGCCAUGUCUACAUACGGUCGUUUAGACGUUUUUUUCGCUAAUGCUGGUAUUGCUACAGCGAGCCGACUUCAAGAUGAAGAUGCGGAAAGCUUUAUGAAUGUCAUGCGUGUCAAUACCCUCAGCUGCUUCUUGGCGAUCAAAUAUGCCGGCGCUGCCAUGUUGAAAACAGGCAGUGGAAAUAAAGAAAUGACAGGUGGAUCGAUUAUUUGUACUGCUUCUGUGGCAGGCUUGCGGUCGGGUGCAGGAUCGCCUGAAUACUCCGCCUCGAAAGCAGCUGUCAUUAAUCUGUGUCAAACAAGUGCUUAUCAAUUUGCUGGAACAAACAUUCGGGUCAAUGCAGUGUGUCCUGGUUUAAUUGAGACGGGUAUGACAAAAACAACCUUUGAUUACGCCCGUGAAAGGGGUACAUCUCAUAAGAUUGGCCAAUUGAACCCUACAAAGCGAUAUGGUAUUGCAUCCGAGAUUGCCCAUGUCGUCGCUUUCCUAGCUUCUGAUGAAGCUUCUUAUUUGAAUGGACAAGCUAUCGCUGUGGAUGGCGGUCUUUCUGCAAGCCUUCCAGUUGUUCCUGGAAAAUUCCAUUAAAGCUCAAUAAACUUUCAGUCUUUUUAUAUACCAUCCUGCUCAUAAAAAUUUCAAAGCUUCCAAUCAUCACAGAUCAUAAAUUCUAUUAAAAUGCAUCAUACUAUAUUUGCAUCUUUAUCUCAACUGCAGGAGCAUUAUUAUGGUAGCCAUGCUGUUGCCGUUUCUCU